CAUCUUUCGAGAAAGAAAAAGAGGAAAAAGGAAACAGUAAACUCUCUCUCUUUCCUUGUCCCUCGUAUCAUUGCACUUCUCUUUUAACAAUGUAAUAGCAUAUAUAGAUGCUGCAGUGGUCUCUCUUCAAAGCCACUAAAGUUUGACCUUUAAACACUAUAAUAACAUCAACCGAUUAAUGGAGUUGGAUCUUGAAAACCCUUUAUCAAACUUGAACGACUUGUUCCCUACUGCUUCUACCCCUUCCCUCUUCCUGCUUGAAUCUCAUCAUAUGCCCACACUCUAUUACAUCAACACUCUCAAAGCUACACAUCUUGAUAUUUCUGUCAGACGAGAAGCCAUCUCUUCAAUCUCACAGCUUUCUUGCAAAUUCGGCCCCUUUUUACCGUAUCUUGCUAUCACUUAUCUUGACCGGUUCUUAUCAAGCCAAGGAGUAGCGGUAAAAAAUCAACCUAAUACAUGGGUUCUGAGGCUUGUUGCAAUCUCUUGCGUCUCUUUAGCUGCCAAGAUGAUGAAAACAGACUUCUCUCUCGCCGACUUUCAGGGCGAUGGAGGUUUCAUGUUUGAUGCACAAACAGUAGAGCGAAUGGAAUAUCUAAUCUUGGGAGCAUUAAAAUGGCGAAUGCGUUCAAUUACUCCAUUCUCUUUCGUCUCCUUUUUCAUUUCAUUGUUCAAAGUCAAAGACCCUCCAUUAAAGCAAGCUCUCAAAGCUCGAGCUGUUGAAAUCAUCUUCAAAGCUCAACUUGAUACAAAGCUUUUAGAGUUCAAGCCAUCAACAAUUGCAGCAUCGGCAGUCCUCUCAGCUUCCCAUCAAAUCUUUGAUGGGAAGCAAUUUCCCAGCUUUAAGAAAGCAAUUUUCAGCUGUUCAUAUGUAAAUAAGGAAAACCUGGUAAAAUGCACCAAUUGGGUGGAAGAGAUAGCGAUGGAGGGCAGUGAAUCAAUAUGGGAUUACCAGCAUAUUUACCAGCAUAUAUAUUUCCAGUUCAGGGAGUGAAAUUACCACCGUUACUCCCAGAACAAAGGGAGACAUGAAGAGAAGAAAAAUUAAUGAUUACGGAACCAUUAUCAAACCUGUUGAUUGCCCUGUAUCAAAAAGGGUUCUAAUCCAUGGACCAUUUUAGGAGUGACCAUACGAAACCUACCACUCCUUCAAAUAACUAAUGAAUUUGAUGUUUCGUUCAUGGCUACGUGUCUUGCUAUCGCCAAUCCAAUCUCUUUGUUUGCUAGAAUUGGAAGGAGGCAAACCCAAUAUCAAGUUUUGCUUCUUUUUUGGUUCUUUUUCUGUUACUCGUCUUUUCGGCUUUUAGGCUCCAAAGUCCAAACAAAGACAAAUUAAACAUGACUUUGUCUUUUGGUGUUUCAGUGGUUGUCUCUUCUUAGUUUAUGGCAGAACAAUAAUAGUGACAGCACUUACACAACAAUAUUAAUAUUGUAUUUUUAGCAGAUUAAUUUGUUCUAAUGAAUAAAGUUCCAACUUUGAAUGAUUUAGAAUGAAUGUUCUUCUAAAA